AUGGUCGAACUGGAAAAGGAGGUGCUCCCUCUGCCCCCUCGGUACCGGUUCCGAGACCUGUUGCUCGGUGACUGGCAGACCGACGACAGGGUGCAAGUAGAGUUCUAUGUGAAUGAGAACACUUUCAAGGAGCGCCUCAAGCUGUUCUUCAUCAAAAACCAAAGAUCCAGUCUGCGAGUGCGAAUGUUUAACUUUUCUCUGAAAGUGCUGAGCUGCCUCCUCUACAUUGUCAGAGUCCUAUUGGACAACCCGCAAGACGGAAGACAAGACUGGAAACUGAUCAUCUGGGUGGAUAGACCUCUACCGCUGUGGGCACUGCAGGUGCUUGUGGUUUUCAUCAGCUUUUCAGAAACAAUGUUGCUCGUGUAUCUCAGCUACAAGGGCAACGUUUGGGAGCAAGUGUUACGUGUCCCCUUCAUUCUGGAGAUGAUCAGCGCCAUUCCUUUCAUGAUCACUGUGAUUUUGCCCUCCUUCAGAAAUCUCUUCAUCCCUGUAUUUCUCAAUUGCUGGCUGGCAAAACACGCUCUGGAGAACAUGAUAAAUGAUCUCCAUAGGGCGAUCCAGCGGACGCACUCAGCCAUGUUUAACCAGGUGGUGAUACUAAUCAGCACGCUGGUCUGCCUCAUGUUUACGUGCAUCUGCGGCAUCCAACACCUCGAACGAGCGGGCAACAACCUGACCCUGUUCGACUCGCUCUACUUCUGUGUGGUCACCUUCUCCACGGUGGGCUUUGGAGAUGUCACCCCCCAAAUCUGGCCCUCGCAGCUCCUGGUGGUCAUCAUGAUCUUUGUGGCACUCAUCGUGCUUCCCAUCCAGUUCGAGCAGCUGGCCUUUCUGUGGAUGGAGCGGCAGAAGUCCGGGGGGAACUACAGCCGCUACAGGGCACAGACGGAGAAACACGUGGUGCUGUGCGUCAGCUUUCUCAAGAUCGACCUCCUCAUGGACUUCCUCAAUGAGUUCUUCGCUCACCCCCGACUACAGGACUACUACGUGGUGAUCCUUUGCCCAGCAGAGAUGGAUGUCCAGGUUCGGAGAGUCCUACACGUUCCUCUGUGGGCCCAGAGAGUCAUCUACCUGCAGGGUUCCGCCCUUAAAGACCAAGACCUGAUGAGGGCCAAGAUGGACGAUGCUGAGGCCUGCUUUAUCCUCAGUAACCGGUUUGAAGUGGAUCGUAUUGCUGCUGAUCAUCAGACCAUCCUCCGAGCCUGGGCAGUGAAAGACUUCGCUCCAAAUUGCCCCCUCUACGUCCAGAUUCUCAAGCCAGAGAACAAGUUCCACGUCAAAUUUGCAGAUCAUGUGGUUUGUGAAGAAGAGUUUAAGUAUGCCAUGCUGGCUUUAAACUGUGUGUGCCCUGGUACCUCGACACUCAUCACUCUAUUGAUCCACUCCUCCAGAGGACAGGAGGGUGGUGCAUGUUCAGCAGACCAGUGGCACCGAACCUACCGCCGCUGCUCAGCCAAUGAGGUGCAUCACAUCCGGCUAGAAGAAAGUAAAUUCUUCGGGGAAUACCAGGGCAAGAGUUUCACCUUUGCCUCCUUUCAUGCUCACAAAAAGUAUGGAGUAUGUUUGAUUGGAAUACGCAGAUUGGACACCACCAACAUCCUACUGAACCCUGGUCCCUGCCACAUCAUGGGGGCCUCUGACACAUGCUAUUACAUCAACAUCUCCAAAGAGGAGAACUCGGCAUUUGUCAGGGGCCACAGCGAGCCAUCAUGGGGCGGCACGGGAGGAAAUACCAGGGGAGUGCACCAAACCAUCUACCAUGGACUCACCCGCCUGCCAGUCCACAGUAUCAUCGCAAGCAUGGGCACAGUGGCCAUUGACCUGCAGGACUCCAGUGACAGCAGCCCAGAAGGCCAGGACCCAGGGAGCACCGUGCUGGGCAGCAGAAGAGAAAGCAGGAGCAGCUCCCGGACAGAGAUGAGUGGCACUAACACUUUGGCCCUGCCUGCCAUGGGAGAGUCUGCAGAGGAGAGGCGGCACAGCAUCGCCCCUGUCCUGGAGCUGGUAGACGGUGUCAACAACCCCGCCUUUGACCUGCUCGGAGACCAAUCGGAGGACGAGGGAGGAGAAGAGGGCAAAGAGGACAGUGACAGAGAUGAGAGUGCCCACUGGUGGGGUCGACACUGCGAGUGGGUGAAGGGAUACCCGCUGAACUCUCCAUACAUCGGCAGCUCGCCUGCGCUGUGCCACCUUCUUCAAGAAAAGAUGCCUUUUUGCUGCCUACGUAUGGACAAGGCUUGUCACCACACCUCUUUUGAGGAUGCCCGCUCCUACGGCUUCAAAAACAAAUUGAUCAUUGUGUCCGCGGAGAGUGCAGGAAACGGUCUGUACAACUUCAUUGUGCCUCUACGGGCCUACUACAGACCCAGAAAAGAACUCAACCCCAUCGUGCUGCUGCUGGAGAGUGUACCUGAAGCAGACUUCCUGGAGGCAAUCUGUUGGUUCCCCAUGGUGUUCUACACAGUGGGCUCCAUCGACAAUCUAGACAGUUUGCUGCGAUGUGGAGUCACUUUUGCCGACACCAUGGUGGUGGUUGACAAAGAGAGCUCCAUGAUUGCAGAGGAGGACUACAUGGCCGACGCAAAGACCAUCGUCAAUGUGCAGACUCUCUUCAGACUGUUCCCAGCUCUAAGUAUCAUCACAGAGCUCACCCACCCAGCCAACAUGCGCUUUAUGCAGUUUAAGGUCAAAGACCACUACUCUCUGGCUCUGUCCAAACUGGAAAAGAAGGAAAGGGAGAAGGGGUCCAACCUGGUGUUUAUGUUCCGCCUGCCCUUCUCUGCAGGGAAGGUGUUCAGUGUCAGCAUGCUAGACACUCUCCUCUACCAGUCAUUUGUGAAGGACUACAUGAUCUCCAUCACCAGGCUGCUGCUGGGUUUAGACUCCAUGCCUGGCUCAGGUUUCCUUUGUGCUAUGAAAAUCACAGAGGAUGACCUGUGGAUCCGCACCUACGGCAGGCUCUACCAGAAACUGUGCUGCUCCACUGGAGACAUUCCCAUCGGCAUCUACCGGACAGAAGCACAAAAGCUUCCAGUCUCUGAGUCCAAGGUAUCCAUCACAGUGGAGGACUACGAGGACACCAGAGAACCCAGAGAGCCCCUUUUGUCCCGGAGCGGUGCUCACCGUAACUCCACCUCCUCGGAGCCCGUCUCCACCUCCUCCCACUCCUCAGACCACCCACUGCUCAGGAGAAAAAGCAUGCAGUGGGCCCGGCGGCUGAGCAGGAAGGGAGGUCGGGGCUCCAGUGGGGCUAAGGGGGGUGCAGGCAGCGCGGCAGAGAGGAUCAACCAGCAGAGACUGACCCUGUUCAGGCGCUCGGAGAGGCAGGAACUCAACGCCCUGGUGAAAACGAGGAUGAAACAUCUGGGCCUUUCUUCAACUGGAUUUAAUGGGAUGACAGACCAAGGGAACAGACUGUCUUAUAUCCUCAUCAACCCUUCUCCAGACACCAGACUGGAGCUGCACGAUGUUGUAUACCUGAUCAGACCAGACCCCCUCUCUCUGGUACCCAAUCAGGGUAACAGCAGGAAGUGCAGCGCCGGGAUCUCAGAGAGUCACAGGUUUGAUACGCAGGACAGCACCCAUCUGUGAGAGGGACAAAUAUACUGUCAGAACACUGCCAGAGAGAGGAGACACAGCAACAGAAACAACAACAACAACAACAGAAAUCAAGAAAUGGUGGGCUGCAAAUGGAUGCAGCUAGAAGGCACGUCUCCCUCAUACAGUAUUUUCUCCACAUUCAGUCUCGGGGAACUGAUAGGUGCCGUUCUUGCAUGGACCUUUUCUAUAACGAUGGGAAUGUUUUAUUUAUGCACCUUUCUAUUUUCAAAGUGGAAAGCUGUGGACACAGAAGUGCAUUUAAUGAAAAACGUAUGUAUUUAUCAUAUCUGUGCAUGUUAAGUACUGCACACUACUGUGUGUGUGUGUUUGUUUGUGUGUGUGUGUGUGUGUGUGUGUGUGUGUGUGUGUGUGUGUGUGUGUGUGUGCGCGCGCGCGUGCAUGGGUGUGCGCGUGUGUGAAUAGAAACAAGAGUAAGACACUGCCAAUUUGAUCAGGACAGCAAAAGGAAUCUGCUGCCAAAUGAAAGGGAAGGGAUGUAUUUUUGUGUCGUAGGUGUGUUUUGUCAGACUUAAUGUUUGAAGUAUUUGAAAGUGACACUACAGUGCACACCCAUUUCUUUUUGGUCUUCAUAAAGUCUUUUUGAAACUUUUUACCUGUUGCUUAAACAGUCAAACGCACACAUUUGUUUUACGCUCACCAGCAGCGGAGGAAUCCAAAGAGCAUCGGUCUCAAUAAUUGACAGACAGCAUGCAUCGUCAUUGCAGGGCAUUCAGUCACAUUGCUGUCUGAAGUAUGUUAUUGUCUUCAGCUAUGUGAGUCCUCCUAGAACAAAUCUGUUCCUGAUUUUAUGGUUUGCCUGUUGUUUCUUAAAGUCCCGCCCUCUCUGCUUCUGUCAGUCAGUGUGAGCCGUCCUGCCACCAACUUGUUUUUUCUGACAUGCAUGUUAGAUGCAGUAUGCAGGGGAUU